AUGUCAGAUACAGAGGAUAACAAAACCGAUCCAGAACAGCCAGCAAAAUUGAAGAAUAGCAAGAAUGUCACGGUGACAUUCAAGCUCAACGGAAAAAACUACCCAUUGUGGUCUAGACUUAUGAAAGUCAAGAUAGGAGGCCGAGGCGCCUAUGCACACAUCCGGAAAGAACCCCCAGAACCGGGGAGCAGGGGAUACGAUGCAUGGGAAGAGGAUGAUUUGGUGGUAUUCUCGUGGAUCGUCGAUAACAUUGAAAAUAAAAUUAUUGCCGAUUUCGCUCAUCAUCAAACAUCAAAAGCGUUGUGGGAUAGUCUAGCUGUAACAUUCGAGAACAAGGCAGACAAAUACCUCAUCUACGACUUGGAGGAGAAAAUAAUCACUAUCAAACAAGGCAAUAUGGACUUGGAAACGUAUUACCGGAGGAUCCACGGGCUGUGGAUCAAUGUCGAUCGCUGCCAGAAGAAGCCAAUUACGUGCUGCGACGAGGGAGUCAAUCAAUACCGAACCCAUUCAAACGAGAAACGACUGUUCAAGUUUCUGGCCGGAUUGAAUCCAUAA